AUGCCUGACACUCACACUGUUAUUUUAGGGGACUUCAACUUUCCAGACAUCUGCUGGGAUACUCUAUGUGGUCGCUCUCAGAACGCUGACAAUCUCUGUAAGUUCAUCUUCCGUCUGAACCUCUCUCAGCUUGUUACAUUCCCCACACACUCAGGUGGUAAUAUAUUGGAUUUGGUUCUAUCUAGCUCUCCAUCAUAUGUGAAGGAGGUUUCACCUCUUCCACUCUCCUCUCCUUAUUUAAAUUCAGAUCACAUUCCCAUACUUGUUACACUUAUGUCUGGGAUUCCUUCAUAUUCAAAGCCUCAGACCAGUUGGUUUUACAAUUACAAAGCAACUGACUUUGACGGACUCAACUCAUACUUGCUUGACUUUGAUUUCCGUCCUCUUCUGAGUUCUUCAAGUGUUGAGUUUGCCUGGUCUUUCAUAAAACAAGUCAUAGUGGCUGCUGUUUCUCUUUUAACUCCCAUGGUUAGGGUUAAGUCUCACAGUUUACCAAAGUGGUUUGACUCUAACAUUCGCCAUCAACUCCACAAAGUUCAUACAAUCCGUAGACGACAUAAACGCUCUCCAACUGCUUCUACCUUCUCAAAGCUAGUGUCACUUGAAUGCUCUCUGCAGCUUAGCAUCUUAGAAGCACGGACUGCAUAUGAGACAUCUUUGGUCCAUGGUUUCAUGAGUUCACAUGAUCCUUCUAUUUAUUUAUACUUAAGGGAUCUUUCUGGGAGUUCUACUAUUCCAUCUGUUAUGUACCUUAACAACCAGUGUGCUGAAAAUCCCAGAGAUAUUGCAAAUCUCUUUAAUGAAUUCUUUUACUCUGUUUUUGACAAGGGUUCUUCAGCUAAUGUAGCACCACCUCAGUAUCUCCCAGAUUCCUCAUUGUGCUCUAUUUCAAUAUCUAUACAGGAUACCUUUGAAGCCUUGUGCCAUCUAAACCCCACUAAGGCAAUGGGCUGGGACAACAUCUCCCCAUCUGUUCUAAAACAUGCAGCUACCCCUUUGCUGGAGCCUCUGCAUCAUUUGUUUACUAUCUGUAUUGAUAAAGCAUGUAUCCCUGAUGAUUGGAAGCAACAUCUCAUUGUUCCCAUUCCCAAAACUGGGGAUGCCUCCUCAGUUUGUAAACUAUAG